CCCAAGACAAGCUCCUUCUCGUUUACGGAGAGUCCUUCAAUCAAUAAUAUUGCUAGGACGCAGUUGUUGUUGUUACAGCGCCCGUUUCAGGAUUUGUGUUUCACUUUAAUUGCACCGCCCGUGCAGCCUUGCCCUGUUACUUUUAGUCUUUUAAUAUAGUGGACGAGACGGCGAACAGUUGUUCUUCAAACCACCUCCCAACAUGAGGAUCUCAAGUCUUGCUGCGGCCACGCUGAUCAGUAGUGCUGGCGCGGCACCACUUCAGGAAAGGAAUUGGCUUGAAGUUGAUGCUCUUGCUGCUCAGGGUGUUUUCAACUUAGGUUUGUAUGUAGCAUUACACGGUUAUCCGAACCCUAAGAAAUGUACGCUUGCGAAUGUGGCUGUCCGCAAGGAAUGGGGAAGUCUCUCUUCACAAGAGAAGAAGAAUUACAUUGCGGCUGUCCAGUGUAUUUCAAAAAAGGCGCCGAAGACUCCCGCGGCUCUUGCGCCGGGCGUGAAGAAUCGCUACGAUGAUUUCGUCGCAGCGCAUAUGAACCAAACAUUAUCGAUUCACGGAACCGGAAACUUCCUAGUAUGGCACCGAUACUUCACCUGGGCCUACGAACAAGCUCUCCGGAACGAAUGCGGCUACACGGGCUACCAGCCUUACUUCAGCUGGCCGAAAUGGGCCGACGACCCUGCGAACUCCCCAAUCUUCGACGGCAGUGCUACUAGCAUGUCCGGAAACGGAGAAUUCAAGGCACAUAACGCUACUUGCAUUCCGUCCAAUGAUCUCUGCCAGAUUAGCCUCCCGCCUGGCCAUGGUGGUGGCUGCGUCAAGACCGGUCCAUUUAAAGACUGGUCAGUGAACCUCGGCCCCGUAGCUCCCGCGCUCUCAGAUGUCCCUUCAAACCCUGGGCCAGGUUUCGGCCUGGGUUACAACCCCCGGUGUCUGCGCCGCGACAUCUCAAAAGCCGCAUCGCAAGGCUGGACGAAGGACUCCGAUGUCUCGGAUCUGAUUAAGAACAACGACGAUCCGUACUGGUUUAUCACCAACUUACAGGGCAAUUUCCCCGCUGGCUAUCUGGGCGUGCAUACAGCUGGGCAUUUCAUCAUCGGCGGAGACCCAGGCGGUGAUUUGUUUACUUCGCCUGGUGAUCCUGCCUUCUUCCUCCACCAUGCAAUGAUCGACCGAGUCUACUGGAUCUGGCAAAACCUAGACAUUAAGAAUCGACAAAAUUCCGGCUUCGAAGCCACCAUCACAAUCAACAACUCUCCACCAUCUCGCAACGCGACGCUCGCCGAUACGUUCGAUCUCGGGAUAAAUGCUCCUACGACGACGAUUGGAGAUACAGUUAAUACGCUUGAUGGACCAUUUUGUUAUAUCUAUGCGUAGUAGUGUGAUUAGGGGGUUGAGGGUAGAAGGGCUGUUGAGGAGUGUGGAGCCUCGGGGGAGGUGAUUUUUAAUCCU